UUAACUUCGCUCAUUUGAUGGAAGUGCAUAUGUAGUGACGUGUUUUGUUUACGAUUUGCUUGUGAUUCGUUUUGAUAAAAGUUUUAAUAAUAAAAAAUUAGCGAAAGAAUGCGGCUUAUAAUAUUAAUAGCUUUGUUGGCACUGUUGCCUUACACUUUAACCAAAAAAGCGGAAAAUGGUAAAAAACCGGAUUGGGCGAAAAAAGACAUUCGCGAUUUUACAGAUGCAGACAUGGAACGCCUGUUGGACCAGUGGGAGGAAGAUGAAGAACCCUUGGAAGCUGAUGAGUUACCUGAGCAUUUACGCCCACAACCAAAAAUUGAUCUAUCAAAUCUAGACAGCAAGAAUCCAGAAAAUAUUUUGAAGGCUUCUAAGAAAGGUCGCACGUUAAUGACGUUCGUAUCCGUCGAUGGAGAUCCAACACGUGAGGAAGCAGAGACUAUUACAAAGUUGUGGCAGACUAGUCUCUGGAAUAAUCAUAUCCAAGCCGAACGCUAUAUGGUGGAUGACGAUCGUGCGAUAUUUCUAUUUAAAGACGGUUCGCAAGCCUGGGACGCAAAGGAUUUCUUGGUGCAACAAGAGCGUUGUAAAGGAGUCACUAUUGAAAACAAGGAAUAUCCCGGUGCAUGGAGCAGAAGCAAUAGUAAAUCAAAUGAUAAAGAGGAACUUUAAGAGUAAAUUGUUCUAGUUUGAAAUUUUGUGCAUUUAUGCGAAACAAGUUCUCAAAUAGUAUUUAUAAGGUAAAAAGAAAUCACUCAUAUUGAUUGCAUAAUUUAAUAAUAGAAAUAUUAAUAUUUAAUUGAUAUUAUUAAUUUUUGUUUUGCCAAAACUCUGGAAUUAACCAUUUUAAAGCUACUAGUAUAUAAAGGAAAUGUACCUAUAAAGAACAAAAGUAUCUUGAACAUACAAAUAUUUUUUUAUUGUACGCAUGAUUGUACGUUUAAACAGUUCUGGGAGAAUAAAUUGAUAAGAAACUUUAAAAA